AUGUCUCUAUACCCGCCGAUAUCUCAGGCCAGCUCCAAAGCUGAGUCGAAGCGCCUCUACGAUGUCCCGUUCCUCGAAAGCAAUGGCGGAAACUUCCAGACGUGGAAGUACCGCACGACUACCAUCCUCCGGUUGCGUGGUCUCUAUUCGCUCAUCGACGGCACCGAAGCCGACCCCGGAACAGCGGAUACUAUGAAGAAGGCGGAGUGGGAUGUCCGGAACAAUGAGGCGCUCGCGCAGAUCACGUUGACGCUCAAGGACGAGCCGCUCAACGGUGUGAUGUACUCGAUGACGGCACAGGAUGCUUGGGAGAAGUUGAACAGGCGUUACGAGGGCAGAGGCAAGCAAACCUUAGCCUAUCUCAUCAGCGACCUUUUCCGCAGCACACUUAGUGACGAGUCGCCGCUAGAGCUGCAGCUCAACACGAUGCAGCAGAAGGCCCACAUCCUCGAGACGCUCGGGCUAAUGCUAGACGACACGCUCAUUGCCAUCGCUAUGGCUAUCUCCCUUCCUCCAUCCUAUUCAACCCUUCACACUAUCCUCAUGGCCUCUGACUCGAAACUCACAGUCGAGAAGGUCGUCAAUGAGGUCCUUAGCAAGGAGAAGCGACGUGGCGAGACGACCGCAGCAUCUGCGCUCAUUGCGAAGCAUGCUGAUACCAAGUCGAAGUCGAAGGGGAAGGACAAGGACAAGAAGAAGAAGGGCAAGUGCGCUUUCUGUGGCUACACUGGUCACACGAAGGACGAGUGUCGGAAGUUCAAGGCGAGCCAGGUGGAGGGCGCCACAGCGAAGGGUGACAAGAAAGCUGAGAAGGCUGCUGAUGCAAAGGAAUCUGCAAAGAUCGCCAGUGUCGGAGCUUCCUCCCACAUGACAUCUCACCGCGAGUGGUUCGUAAACUACCGUGCCCUCGCUACGCCCAAGCGUGUUUACCUCGGAGAUAAGCGCUUUAUCCUCGCCGAAGUUCUCCAUGUCCCAGAUCUCAAUGGCAACCUGCUCUCUGUCUCGCAGUUUGACCGCAACAGCUACGAUGUUAGGUUCGCUGAUGGUACGUGUCGCAUCAGCAAUGCCCAGGGCCGACUUAGCGCCAUUGGGUACAUGCGGAGAAAUCUCUAUGUUCUCGACAUGACCACGCAGCUCCCCGAGCGUACCUACAUCCUGCAGGCAGAAGAUCUCCCUCCCUCUUACGAUGACUCCAUGGAUGAUCCCCCACUCCACGCUUUUGUUGCUAAGGAGACAACAUCCAGUGCGAGUGCUCAGGUCUGGCAUCGCCACCUUGGUCACAUCUCCGUAGACUCUGUGCUGAAGAUGGUGCGAAAGGGAAUGGUCAAGGGCAUGUCGAUCGUCGGAGAAAAGGUGAGUAACUUCACCUGCAAGCCCUGUCUCCAUGGCAAGCAGACACGCCAGCCAAUCCCGAAGGAGUCGGAUGUCGAGAAUCCCCGCGUUCUCCAUCGCACCUACUCCGAUGUCUGUGGUCCCAUGCAGACUCAGAUGUGGUCCGGCCACCGCUAUUUCAUCACGUUCAUCGACAGACACACGCACCACCUUGUCGCCAACCUCAUGAAGACAAAGGAUGAAGCGCUUUCACACUUCAAAGCUUUUGUUGAACGAGCUGAGGUCGAGACCGGGCAGCGUGCCAAUAUCCUGCGGACUGAUGGCGGCGGUGAGUACGAGUCGAAGGAAUUCGAAGUGUACCUAAAGGAGAAGGGCAUCCACCACGAAAAGACGAAUGCCUACACUCCACAGGAGAAUGGCGUUUCCGAGCGGAUGAACCGCACCAUCAAGGAGAUGGCCAGGAGCACACAUACUGGGGCCUACACCGGAAACAAGCCGAGCGUGGCGCACCUCCGCGUUUUCGGCUGCAAAGCCUAUGUCCACGUUCCUAAGGAAAAACGUCAGAAACUCGACUCGAAAACAUUCGAGUGCACGCACCUGGGGUUUGCCGCAAAUCGCAAGGCCUACCGUCUGGUUCACAGAGCGACCGGCCGCAUCGUCGAAUCCCGCGACAUGUAUUUCGACGAAGGCACCGAAGUCGCACCCAGUCGCAUCACAAUUGAUGUCACACCUAUGCAGGAGGCGCCCGACGCGCGGCCACAGCUGCCGCCGUCUCCGCGCCCGCCAAGGCCCACUGUCGAAGAUGUCCCAGAUGAAGAUGAGGAUGCACCUGCACUCCUGGAUGUGGACGACAGCGACGACGAGGUUCCACUGCCCGAAAUUAGGCGCCGGCAUCACGCCGCGUGCGCCGCGCAGCCACCACCACCUCCUCCCCCGGCUCCGGAACUGCGCCGUUCAGGUCGAAUGCGCACGGCACCGGUAGCGGCCGAUGAUGACCGCUAUUUCGUGUCCUCCUACACACGGAAACCGAAGGGCCAGGAUGAUGUGGGUGGAGUGGGCGCUGAUGCCGCAGCGGCAGACUCGGAGAAUGCAGAGGAAGUGGGCGAUGCAGAGAAUGCUCACAAAGCCACAAGCUGGGAUGAACCACAGACCUACGAGGAGGCGAUGUCACGCCCCGAUGCUGCACGCUGGAAGGCUGCGUGCGCAGAGGAGCUACACACAUUUGUCAAAGCGGAGCUCUACGACGAAGUGGAGCGCCCGCGGAAUCGCAAGGUCAUAGACUGCAAGUGGGUCUUCAAGAUCAAGCGUGGACCGGAUGGUGAAAUCGAGAAGUACAAGGCUCGACUUGUUGCCAAGGGCUUUACACAGCUCGACCUCAAGAUCCACCAGAUGGAUGUCAAAUCGGCAUUCCUGAAUGGUGAUCUUGAUGAGGAGAUCUACAUGAAGGUUCCCUCUGGCUUCCGCAGGUCCAACAGCCUCGUCUGGAAGCUGAACAAGGCCCUCUAUGGUCUUAAGCAGGCUGGACGUGAGUGGUACAAGAAGAUCCGUGCUGAGUUCGAGGCGCUUGGGUUCACCCGCUGCCACUCGGACCACAGCGUGUUCUACAAGAACGAUGACGGUAUUCUCCUCAUUAUCGCCAUUUAUGUCGAUGACAUGCUCAUUCUUUCUGACAACCUCACUGCUGUCACCACCCUCAAGGAAGAUCUCAAGUCUCGCUUCGAGAUGACCGACCUUGGUGAAGCACGGUGGCUCCUCGGCAUGGAAAUCGCUCGUGAUCGUCCUUGCUGUGUCCUCGAGCUCUCGCAACACCAGUAUGUCGAGAAGUGUCUCGCACAACAUGGUAUGGCCGAUUGCCGCCCGGUCAGCACACCUAUGGCACAAAACCAGAAGCUCGUCAAGCUCUCGGAGGCGGAGAUCAACCCGAAGCCUUACCAGAGCGCGCUUGGCUCUCUCAUGUAUGCAAUGAUCGGGACUCGCCCCGACCUUGCAUUCACAGUGGGCGCGUUGAGCCAGCAUGCUGCAACACCAGGCAAGGAGCACUGGAUUGCUCUUAUCUGGUCUUCAAAGAGGCAGCACUCGAUGGCGCAGUCCAGCACUGAAGCUGAGUAUAUGGCUGGAGCUCAUGGUACAAAGGAAGCAGUCUGGCUUCGUGCUUUCCUCUCGGAGAUUGGACAGGUUCAGAAGGGCCCUACUCCAUUGCUCAUCGACAAUCAGUCCGCCAUCGCGCUAUCCAAAAAUGCUGCUUUCCAUGAACGCACCAAGCACAUUGCCGUCCGCUACCACUUCAUCCGCGAGAAGUAUGACUCCGGCGAGAUCGAACCUGAGUACGUUCCUACCAGAAAUCAGGUUGCUGAUGUCUUGACGAAGGGGCUUCCUCGUGAGAAGCAUGAGAAGUUUUCAGCGGGGAUGGGCUUGGCUUAA